CAGUUCACCGCGGGGACGAUGGAAGCGGGCCCCGACUGGUGUUGGAACCACAGAGCGUGGUGCGCUUUUCGAGCGAGACGGGUGCCGUGCUGCCAUGUGCGGCGGAGGGACGUCCCGCUCCCGCUAUCACGUGGGAGAUGACUGACGGGAGCCCGGCCAACGACAUUCCCGGCGUCAGAGAGACCCGUCCGGACGGCUCGCUCGUGCUGCGCUCUUUCGGCCCUUCCCUGUUCAGGCCGGAGAUUCACUCGGCCACGUACCGAUGCGUGGCCUCCAACGCCCUGGGUCUGGUCAAAAGCCGCUUCGUCCGCGUCCGAGCAGUGCUGGCGGAGAAUUUCGUGCCCGUCGUGCAGGACGUGUACGCCAUACGAGGAAACGCUGCCGUCCUGCGGUGUCAUCUACCGGCUGCCGUGAAGGACUACGUCACGGUGGUGUCGUGGAUGCGCAGCGAUGGAGUGGUGGUAGGCAGCCGCGGCAACGCUGUACAGCAGGGUGCAGAAGGCCGUUAUGCUAUGCUGCCGACUGGUGAGUUGGUAGCACGAGACCUCGGGGCGACGGCCUCGGAAGCGUUCUACACCUACCGGUGCCAGGUGCGAAACGCAUUCACCGGCCAGACACGUCUCAGCGACACUGCGGGAAAGAUCGUCGCCACUGAGCCAGUGAGUGAUCUUGCGCCUCGCAUGACAGAGACCCGGAGGCUGGUGCAGGUGGUGCAGGGGCAAGAGGCUGCGCUGCCAUGCAUUGCCCAGGGUCACCCACCCCCUGGAUAUUUCUGGUUUCGUGUCACCGACCGUGCACAGAAGGGUCCGACUACCGGUUCGGGCAUCGGCGGUGACAUCGUUGCCCUGAGGCCGUCGGACAGAGUGCUGCUCCGGUUCGGAGGGUCGCUAUUGGUGAUACUUGCGGCCAGCGUGAAGGACGGCGGAAAGUAUGUCUGCCUUGCGAACAGCUCGGCCGGCCAGGAGAAGGUCUACACGGACGUGCUCGUCUCCGCACCACUGUCUGCUCGCAUCGAACCAGCCAUGCAAGUGGUGGACGCCGGCAGAAGCAUCAACGUCAGCUGCCACGUGUCCGGGCAGCCCGUGAUCGGCGUGUUGUGGGCUCACAACGGCCAGCCUCUCUUCGCCUUAUCGCCUGGCCGUGAUGGAAUCGGAAGCGGCGAUGCACCCACGACUCCCACAGCAAGAGUGCAGCUUCUCUCCCGUGACCUGCUGCGCAUCGCGUCAGCAAAGCGCCAGGACAGCGGCAUGUACCAGUGUCUCGCGUUCAACGAGGAUGAUUCAGCCCAAGGAAGCGCGGAAAUCGUCGUUCGAGAGGAUGCUCCCGUGCUCAACCACGUGUUCUCCGAGCUUCUAGCGGUACCGGGCAGCACCGUGUCUCUAAGGUGCGCGGCAUCGGGGAACCCACUGCCGCAAGUGACCUGGGCGCUGGAUGGGGACUCUGUGCCGGAGAGUUACAACGUCCGAGUGGGAGACUACGUCAGCAGUGAACGCCUGGUGCACAGCUACGUGAACUUGACGGGCGUCCGGGUGGAAGACGGCGGCCUCUACGCCUGCGAGGCGCGCAACGCUGCUGGCCAGGCCUCGCACUCCGCGCGCCUAGUUGUGCCCGGAAGACCCGUGCUACGACGACCGAUGCGGAACGUCACGGCGCUCGCAGGUUGUACCAUGAUCCUGCACUGCCCCGUGGCCGGACAUCCUAUUCGCAGCGUUACUUGGAAGAAAGACGGCCGUUGGCUUCCACAGAACCACCGACAACGCAGUUUCCCGAACGGCACCCUGGUGGUGAACCAAGUGCAGCGCGGCCAGGACAGCGGCAUUUACGGAUGUGCGGCUACAGAUCCGGCAGGGAACAUGGCUGGGGGAGAGCUCACUGUGCGCGUAAUGACUCCCCCCGUGUUGAGCCCUUUCAACUUUCCCAACGACCUCACGGAGGGCAAGCGGGCCGGUGCCGCCUGCAUCGUGUCCGACGGGGACCCGCCCAUCUCCAUCGGAUGGCUCAAAGACGGCCGGCCUCUGGACGAGACGGCGCUUGGCGCGACCGUGUCCCGAACCAAUGACUACACGUCGUUCCUGUCCAUCACCGCUGUUCGCCAGGAGAUGCACUCGGGCCUCUACACUUGCGUCGCCUCCAAUCCGGCCGCAUCAGCCAAUCGCAGUGCAACGAUGGUCGUUCGAGUGGGGCCCCGGUGGCGUCAUCGGCCAGAGGACAAGGCGGCGACCAUGGGCCAGCCAAUGUCGUUCGACUGCCAGGCGGACGGGUUUCCCGUGCCCGUAAUACGCUGGAAGAAGGAGCGCUUGUCGGAGGACGGCGGCCGCCAGUUUGCGACGAUCACCAGCAGCGCCCGCGUUCGGGUGCUGGAGAAUGGCUCGCUCGCCAUCAACGACGUCGAACGUUCGGACGCCGGCCGCUACCUGUGCCAGUCGCAGAACGGGGUGGGACCGGGCGUGUCGACCGUCGUCAAGCUCGACGUCCACGCGGCGGCACACUUUGCCGAGAAGUUCAGGGCGGUCACGGUGCGGCGUGGAGAUGCGGCAAGUCUGGAGUGCAGGGCUCAUGGCGACCCGUCCAUCAGUCUCAGCUGGACCAGGGACGGCCGCCGUUUCGACGCAGCCCAGGAGCCCAGGUACGCGAUCGAGGGGAACACCGGCAGCUCCUGGGCGGAGUCCGUGCUGCGCAUCACCGGCGCCGACCGCCGGGACUCUUCGCUCUUUAUGUGCCGCGCGGAGAACGCUUAUGGUGCGGACGAUGCCAGCUUCCGGCUCAUCGUACAAGAACCCCCGGAUAAGGUCGAGGGUCUCGAGCCCACGCACAUAUCGAGCCGAACAGUGACUCUGGCCUGGUCGGCUCCAUACUCUGGCAACAGCCCGGUGUUAAAGUACCUGCUUGAACACAGGACAUUAUCUGGAACUUGGGAGCGCGAAACAGACGUCUCUACCACGCACCCAACCGAGGCGCUAUCGCAUGUCGUGGACGGGUUGCAACCCUCCACCAACUACGAAUUCAGAAUCCGAGCUGGCAAUGUCCUCGGACUGGGCGACUUCAGCGAUCCUAUCAUAGUCACCACCAAGCAAGAAGCUCCAGGCGGCAUUCCACAAGACAUCAAAGUGACACCAGCUGGCUCUCGCAGCCUGCACGUGACGUGGAAGCCACCGCCCGAUGAAGUCAAAUACGGCGGAGUGCAAGGCUACUACGUGGGCUACCGCGUGUGGGGCAGCGGGCAGCCCUAUUUGUACAAGACUCUGGAGAGCGGCCUGCCUUCCUCUUCGCCGUCCCAAAAGCAACAGUGCCUCCUCGGCGAGCUCCGCCCUCGGACCCGCUACGGCAUCGUGGUGCAAGCUUUCAACGCUGAGGGUGCUGGACCAUCGUCAGACGAAAUCGUCGCCUAUACACCGGACGUUGACCUUCCCGUUCCUCCACGACUAAAGCUGGUCUCAUCUACAUCUUCCUCGAUCCAACUCAGCUGGGUGGCACCGAAGAAUCAGCCUAUCAAUGGCUACCUCUUGUUCUACAAAGGUGAACCAGGACUAGAAACCUCAAACGCCAUCGUUCAGGAGGCGCCCGAAUGGUCGUCCGUGCAAACUACAGCUGAGAGGUCAACGUACGUGUUUCGAGGCCUGAGCUGCGGCGGAAGCUACGUCUUCUACGCACAUGCAUUCAACUCCGCAGGUCGAGGAGCCCGCAGCAAUGUCUUGCUGGCCAAGACCGACGGGUCAGUUCCCGUGGCUCCCGACUUACGAGACCUGGUUUCGGCGAGCCCGACUCGCGCUGUCCUGCGACUGGCCGCGUGGAAAAGCGGUGGCUGCCCCAUCACUUCGUUCACCGUGCUCCACAGGAGACAUUCCGCGUACGACCACUGGGACCCUCCGGUCACUGUGCAUGCGCCAGACGUGUCGGAGUUAUCCAAGCUGCCGCAGGAGCUGGUCAUCAGACACCUGACACCGGCGACGCGGUACCAGCUGCUCGUCACGGCGCACAGUGAGGCCGGCUCAACACACGCCGAGUACGUCUUCGUCACGCCUACACUCUCCGAAGGCGCCUUGUCAGCACCUCACUGGACGCAGGCGACUGAUCCGCAACGUCGAAUCGUCGAUGUCAUCGUACCUAUUGUAUGCACUGUGCUGGUCACGCUGCUAGGCGCUGUCGUGGUGGGCUACGCCAUGUCCCGCAGACGCCUUUCAGCGCUUCGCAGACGCCGGUUGGAGUAA